UUCGAGCUCGUGAAUACUGAUUGCACUUAGGAAAUGAUCUGUGAUUUGUUCAUAGAUGAGGAGGGAGUCUACAAGCCUGUACCGGCACCGAAAUCGGCACCGACCACUCAGAAUAAUAACAACCAAAGCUUGCAACAACAGGAACCGAGGGCGGUUGGCCUAGAGGGUAACGUGGCCGGGCUGGAAUCGAAGCAGAACCGGGUUCGAGAUUCCGGGCACAAUAUUGCACCGGAAUACAGGAUGCCACCGCUCUACGGGGAAGAGCAGAGCUCGAAUCAGACUCAGCAGGCCAGCUUGCAGACUCACAGCAGCAAAUUUCCGAUAGAACGGGAGGUAGUUCUGUCGUCGGGUGACAAGAAUUCCAAGAUACCAAUUCUUCACGAGUACAAACAGAGGACGGUAGGAAGAGUCGCCAUCGCGCCGGAUGCACCGAUCAAGCAACAAGCUUGGGUUCAAGAGAAGAAGGAACAGGACCAAGUGUACGUACCCAAUCAGGAGAACCAAGAAGCGGAAGGCACGUCGUCCUCGGUCGCUAAGAGGAUCGAGGAGUUGCAGAAACGAGCCGAGGAGAGUCAUUACAACGCAAAAGCGUCGAAGGACGGCGUGGAAUCUGAUAGAACUUGUCCCGGUGGGAAAAUUGCGUUAG